UUGAGGGGCGCGCUACGUCGGGGGAGAUGGUGGACAGCAAGCCUCUUCUUCAGGACAGACCUCCCGCCUACAACACCGUCCCGGGGGCCUACGAGUACGGCCCGCAGCAGCACAGCUAUGGGGCCAUCCCGGCUCCGGCCCCGCCGCCCUACCCGUACCCCGACGGCCCAGGUUACCCAUCAGCCCAAAUGGGCCCUGCUGUAUCCCAGCAGCCCUACGCUGGGAGCUACACUAUCAUCCAACCCUCCGUAGUUGUGGUGGGAGGCUGCCCUGCCUGCAGGGUUGGUGUCCUGGAGGAUGACUUCACUUGCCUGGGGAUCUUGUGUGCCAUCUUCUUCUUCCCCCUGGGUAUCCUCUUCUGCUUCGCACUGCGUCAGAGAAGGUGUCCCAACUGUGGCGCCACCUUCGGCUAGAGGGACCAAACCACAGCUCACGCACAUGCUCGUGCUCUAAUGCAUACACAUACACACACACACACACACACAGCGUUUUUGUGUCUUUUUUUUUUUGUUAUCUUAUCUUAAUAUUUCACAUUGCUGUUGCCAUUAUGUUAUGUACAACAAAUGAUCAAGAUAUUACCAUGACUGAUGAUGUGAGUUUUUAUCAGAGGCACGUUUAGCGAUCUAUUUUCACCUGCUAGUUGAGGAUGUGUUCUAGCAUAUGUUAAGCGUCCAGCUGUUGUCAGUGCCUUGCAGAAUGAGCAUCGGAGAUUCCAUCACUCAUGAUUUCUUCUGUCGAUUUAGCUCAGUUAUCCAAGGAUCUGGGCAGAUUCCUUCAUGUUUUGACAAGCCAGAAUUAACCAAGGCACAUGUAGUUUAUUUUGUCCGAGGUUCUUUGCUCUCUCUUUUUUCUUUUUUUAAUUUGCUGGCACACUGCAUUGAUAUUUUUUUUUUGGUUAACAUUGUGCUUAUUAACUUAGUAACAGCAUCCAUGUUGAUCACUCAUGUAUUAGCUUUUUCAGGAAAUGCAAACUUUAAAAGAAAAAUGUUUUGUUCUUUUUUUUUUGGCUGAGUGUGACAUGGAAUAACACAAACAACACGUUUAAAAAAAGAUGUGUAAAGAUCCCUGAACAUGAGCUGUCCCGGCUGAAAACAAUGGACUCGUGUCAGACAGAAAGCCCACGGCAUUUUGUCUGUCUUUGUUGGUAUUAUUUCUUGGGGCCAUAUUUGCACUGACCGUUUGAUUGAUGAUUAUUCUGCUGGGUUGUGCUUUCCAGGGCCAAUGCAGACCUCAGGUACAUAUAAUCUGAAACGCCCGCGACUUAAAAACCUCAAUCACUGUUUGACUUCCGACUUCUACCUACUUUAAUAGAAACUCUUGUGUCAAAGCGCAGACUCGUCCUUUAAUGUGCAGAGUUUCACGUCAAGGAAGCACUCUGAGAGCAAAAGCUGAAGAAAUCUCUCGAUGUGUAUAAUCUCUGGAUUUUUAUUUUAGUACUCUGUGACAAGUCACCCUGCCCCAUUCUUCCCAGCCAGACAAUCGAUCAAGAAUGUUACCCUGUAUCUGCAGUAUCUCCAUGUCUAUGUCUUCCAUCGCAGCAAGAUGUUAUGUAACUGUCCCUGGCAGGAGAAAGGAGAUAUAGCUGGGUGGAAGGGAUUAAAGAAAAUCUUGCUUUAGAAAACACACUACGCACGCUCUUAUGAUUGAGGUUCUUACUUUUUAUAUAUGAGUUACUGUAAUUAAAAAUGAAUGCUACUUAA